AGCAGAUCCGCAGGGCCAUGGCAAACAAAGCAACGCCGGUGCUAGUGUGGCUGGCGAUGGCAGCGACUGUGAGCGCUUAUCAAGGAGGAGGAGUGAGAUGGCUCAAGACUCCUUGCUUGCUCACCCAUGCAGCCUCCCAUGCCUCCCAUGCCUCCCUGAGGCCUAGGGUUCCUGCAGCCGCUGGCAGGGGGGCAAUGUCGACACUGCGGAUGGGGAGGAUAGGCGGGGAGGCAGAGGCAGAGGAACAAAGGACCGUCAGGAGAACCUUCCUGCAGCUCGGAACAGGUGUAGGAAUGAUCUUGCUAGACGCCGUCCUUCCUGCGGGUGCCAAGGGACCCAAGAAAACCACGGAGGACGUUGUGACAUCCUUCGGGCAACUGGUACAGGCGCAAGGGACCAUUGAGAAAGCAGAUGCUCUCGCACAGAAGAGUGACUGGGAGGGAGUGAGAAGUUUGUUCAAGCAAGACGAGAUCAAGAAUAUUGAGAACCUCCUCCUCGACCUGGUGAAUGGGCCAGUGAUAAGUGCCGAGGACAAGAAGACGAUCGGGACGAGGAAGAGGUACGGAAUCGCUGCUGACGUCAUCUACGGCAUCGAUGGCGUCCUCUCUGGCAUCGAUUCUCUCUCUACCCCGCAGGUCCAGAAUUGCUCGGCAGGCUCGUGCAGCGGGGAGCUGGUGGAAGGGGAGGAGGAGAUCAAGAAGUCCUUUAAGAACCUCAAGGCCUCGCUGAGCGAGAUCCUCACCCUCUGCCGAGCUUACAAGGAGCUCAAGUAGCCUCCACCUCCUCCUGGUUUGCGACGGGUCGAAGCCUCUACCAACUUGUAAGCCAGUGCGUGUGCGGAGGGGCAACUCGAGCUUGUCUCGGGGAGUUUGAGAGUAAAGAAUGCAAGCAAGAAGAAGAGGAGGGAGCAGAAGCUAGCAGAGCUG